AUGGUGGAAGACAAUUCUUUGGAAUCAAGUGUGAUUAAGUUUGUUAAUGGAAAAGAUAGCAUAGUCUCUUCUGAAAGAGUCCCAGUAACUUCUUGGUUUAGAGUUGUUCAGAAAUCUUCAUCACAAAAAACAAAAACUGGAGAGGGUGAAAUUACAGUAUGUCAGGUAAAUGCUGCUUCUACUUCAACUAGUACACAAUUUCCAGGUCAGGUAAAUACUGCUCCUACUUCAACUGGUACACAAUUCCCAAAACCUAAGGUUUUUUGUUCUUCUUCUUUUUGCAAUAAGCUGAAUUUACCAGGCAUGCAAUGUAUGGUGAUUCAUCACUCAAUUUCAAAUAAAAAGGGAAAUAUAUGGUUGUUUUGGAAUAAGAAUUUACCUACUUCUUCAGUAGUUUCUAUGUCAAGUCAGAUGGUUACAGUGGAUAUUGGUGGUGUUCUUGUAUCUGGUGUUCAUGCUCAUGUGAGAGUUGUUCAGAGAAGAUUCUUAUGGGCAAAGAUGGAAGUUAUUAGUGAUCUAAAUUUUCCAUGGUUGGCAAUUGGAGAUUUUAAUGCAAUUACUUCAGUUGAUGAAAAAAUUGGUGGUAAAGCUCCAAAAAGAAGUGCAAUGAUGGAGUUCAAUAAUUGUCUUGAUACUUGUUCACUUAUGCAUGCUCCUAAAACUGGUCUUAUAUACCGUUGGUCUAAUUGUCAGCAUGAAAGUAAAAGAAUUUUGUGUAAUUUAGACAGAGUUGUGUUUAACCAGUUAUGGUUACAAAAAUUUGAAGAUUGGGAGUAUAAAGUUGGUUUAAGAGUGGCUUCAGAUCAUGCUCCUCUACUAGGUGGUUGUGUCAAUAUUCCCAAACUAAAAAAUGCUCCAAUGAGAUUUCAAAAAAUGUGGUUAUCACAUCCGAACUUUAUGGAUGUUGUGCAGAAUUUCAAGGAGGUAGAAGGAAAAGUUCAGGAGGCUAUGUUAAAUUCAGAUAAUAACCCUUUUGAUGAAGAAGCACUAGAUAAUUUGGUGGCAGCUCAGAAUUUGCAUAGCUCUAAAGAAGCUCAGUUACAUACUUUUCUGAAACAAAAAUCAAGGAAUAAAUGGAUUAAAGAUGGAGCUGCUAAUACAGGUUUCUUACAUGAAAAACUCAAGAUUAGGAAAGCAAGAAAUAGUAUCAGUGAGCUUGAGGAUCAGAAUGGUAAUAUAAUUUCAGACGAAAAGAAAAUUUCAGAAGAACUAAUUGAAUAUUUUGAACAGAAAUUUAAGUAUAAGGAAGUGGAAGAUGUUGAGCAUAUGUUGAAUGACAUUCCAGAAGUGAGAACUAGUGAUAAUCAGGAAAUGAUUGAGAAAGUUCCAGAUGAAGAAGAAAUUAAAGCCACACUAUUUGACAUGGACCAAGACUGUGCACCUGGUCCUGAUGGAUUUUCAAGUUGUUUCUAUAGGUCAUGCUGGGAUAUCAUACAUCAAGAUGUAGUGGAAGCAAUUCAGUUCUGCUGGAGAAGAAGGUUUAUACCCAAAGGUCUCAACUCCAACUUUUUAGUACUUAUUCCAAAAACUGAAGGUGCAAGGAAACCAAGUCAAUACAGUCCAAUUGUCAUGGGUAAUGUAAACUUCAAAAUUUUCACAAAAAUUCUGGCAACAAGAAUUGGUAAUCUAAUGCAUAAAUUGGUCUCUCCUCAGCAAGUGGCUUAUGUUAAGGGUAGAUGUAUUCAAGACCAGAUAAUAUUAGCUUCAGAAUUAGUGAAUGAAAUGUCAAGAAAAAGAAGAUGUGGCAAUGUAGCUCUUAAGCUUGACAUUUCUCAAGCUUAUGAUUCAGUUAAUUGGGAGUUUCUAUUUUUGGUUUUGCAGAAAUUUGGCUUCUCUAAAAAAUGGUGUGAGUCGCUGCAUAUUUUAUUUCAGUCAGCUAGAAUAUCAGUAAUGGUGAAUGGUGGGCCUUGUGGUUUCUUCUCUGUUGGAAGAGGAUUGAGGCAGGGUGAUACUUUAUCUCCAAUAAUUUUUGUGUUAAUGGAGGAAGCUUUAAGUAGAAGACUCACUCAACUGAUUAAAAAGAUGAUUCAAAUGAAAAGAAGUGAAUUCCCUGACAAGUAUUUGGGUGUAGUGCUUAUUCAAGGAAGAGUGAAAACCUCCACAUUAUGGCCAAUGGUAGAAAUGAUGCAAAAGAAACUUGCUGCUUGGAAGGGUAAGUUAUUGUCUUUUCAAGAGAGAUUAGUACUGAUUAAGUCAGUGCUAAGCAGUAUUCCUGUGUAUAGUAUGGCUAUCUACAAAUGGCCAACUUCAGUCAUUAAAAUUUGUGAAAGAAUUAUGAGAAAUUUUCUUUGGUUAGGGGAUUAA